CUCGCCCGCCCGCCACCGGGGCCGGGCGGACUUGCGCCAUGGAGGAAGCGGGGCUCCGGUGGCCUUAACGGCGCUGCCCCCCUUGAAACUGCCGGAGAGACGGGGCUCUUUGGGCGGGACGAGGGGGUGCUGCUGGGUGGAAGGAGCCGAGAGGAAGAGGAACGGCGCCGGGCUUGCGAGCGGGAUGAGCGGCGGCGGCAGCGCGGCGCCCCCGGGCCCCGGCUCGAGCUCAGCCCCUUGCCGCUUCGCCCACUACUUCGUGUUGUGCGGCAUCGACGCCGAGAGCGGACUGGAGCCCGACGAGCUGGCGGUCUUAUACCAGUGGUUAGAAGCUGAUCGACAUGGCAAGAGCUCAGAUACUACAGACAGAACAUCAGGAGAAAAUUUUGAUCAGAGCCCCUUAAGAAGAACUUUUAAGUCAAAAGUCUUGGCUCACUAUCCCCAGAACAUAGAAUGGAACCCCUUUGAUCAAGAUGCAGUCAAUAUGUUAUGUAUGCCCAAAGGGCUAUCCUUCAGGACUCAGUCUGACAACAGGGACCCGCAGUUCCACUCAUUCAUCAUUACUCGGGAAGAUGGUUCCCGUACUUAUGGGUUUGUACUCACUUUUUAUGAGGAGGUCACAAGCAAGCAGAUCUGCACAGCAAUGCAAACUCUUUAUCAGAUGCAUAACGCAGAGCAAUGCAACAGCAUCUGUGCCUCAUCGUCGUGCAGCAUGGACUCCCUGGCCAGCAGUCUUGACGAGGGUGAUGCCACAUCGCUAGCCAAGAUGCAGCGCUACAACUCAUACGACAUCAACAGGGAUACGCUCUAUGUUUCCAAAUGUAUUUGCCUCAUUGCUCCCCUGCCUUUCAUGCAAGCCUGUAAGAAAUUCCUCAUCCAGCUUUACAAAGCAGUCACAUCUCAGCAACCACCACCUUUACCCUUGGAGAGCUACAUCCACAACAUCCUCUAUGAAGUGCCCCUUCCACCCCCAGGAAGGUCUUUAAAAUUUUAUGGCGUAUACGAGCCUAUCAUUUGCCAGAGACCUGGGCCAAAUGAACUCCCUCUGUUUGAUUAUGCUCUCAGAGAAGUCUUUGAACUGUUGGGCUUGGAGAACCUCAUUCAGGUUUUUACAUGUGUUCUCCUGGAAAUGCAGAUCCUUCUUUAUUCGCAAGACUAUCAGCGCCUGAUGACUGUCGCAGAAGGAAUCAUCACCCUGCUCUUCCCCUUUCAGUGGCAGCACGUGUACGUCCCCAUCCUCCCAGCCUCCCUCCUGCAUUUUCUUGACGCUCCUGUUCCGUACUUGAUGGGUUUGCAAUCCAAAGAGGGAACAGACCGUUCCAAACUGGAACUUCCCCAAGAGGCCAACCUCUGUUUUGUGGAUAUCGAUAACCACUUUAUAGAGUUGCCAGAGGAACUUCCUCAGUUUCCCAACAGACUGGAUUUCAUCCAAGAAAUCUCUGAAGUCCUCCUCCAGUUUGGAAUUCCCCUCGAGGGUACCCUCCAUGGCAGUGAGAGCGCCACCAAGUUGAAAAACCUGGUCCUCAAUGACUUGGCCAAUGAUAAAAAGAAUGGGAACAUACCGAGCAACACCAUCAACAUGUAUGAGCUCCUAAAAGGCAACGAAACCAUUGCCCGCCUUCAUGCUUUGGCAAAGAGGACAGGGGUUGCAGUGGAUAAAAUGAACAUUACCGCUCCUCUGGCAGAAAAGGAAAAAGAUGCUAAACUCCAGUGUGAAGAUGGGGAGCUGAGGGACUACAAACUCAACGUGCAGCUUCGGGAGGUCUUUGCUAACCGCUUCACGCAGAUGUUUUCUGAUUAUGAGGCAUUUGUCAUCCAAGCAGCGCAAGACAGGGAAUCGUGGCUGACAAACAGGGAACAGAUGCAAAAUUUUGACAAAGCUUCAUUUCUCUCUGACCAACCUGAGCCUUACCUUCCAUUCCUCUCACAUUUCAUUGAAACCCAAAUGUUUGCCACGUUCAUCGACAAUAAAAUUAUGUCCCAGUGGGAAGAAAAAGACCCAUUUCUGCGAGUGUUUGACUCUCGGAUUGAGAAGAUGAGACUGUAUAAUGUCAGGGCUCCUGCAUUAAGAACAUCUACGUAUCAGAAGUGCAACACCUUGAAAGAAGCAGCUCAGGCUAUUGAACAGCGUCUGAUGAAGAUAGAUCACACUGCAAUUCAUCCACACUUGCUUGAUAUGAAGAUAGGGCAAGGCAAAUAUGAGCAUGGCUUCUUUCCCAAACUCCAGUCAGAUGUGUUAUCAACUGGGCCUGCUAAUAACAAUCGAUGGGUGAGUCGUAGCGCUACAGCACAGCGCAGAAAAGAUCGCAUCCGGCAACAUUCGGAGCACAUUGGUUUGGACAAUGACUUGAGAGAGCCAUCGGCGGAGUUCUUGAUUCGUCAGAACUCAAUGGCAUUCUGGGAGUGGGAUCAGGGCCCACCCCCUCCUACACGGCCACCUAAAAAAUCAUUCUCUGAAUGUUGCCUGAAAUACAUGCAAGAAGCAAGGACUUUGGGGAAAAAUCUGAGGCAGCCCAAACUCUCCGAUCUUUCUCCAGCGGUCAUUGCUCAGACAAACUCAAAAUUUGUGGAAGGUUUACUGAAAGAAUGUCGAAUGAAGACCAAACGUAUGCUGGUAGAAAAGAUGGGUCAUGAAGCAGUGGAGCUUGGGCAUGGAGAGGCCAACAUCACAGGUCUGGAGGAGAAUACACUCAUUGCUAGCCUUUGUGACUUGCUGGAAAGAAUUUGGAGCCAUGGGCUACAGGUUAAACAGGGUAAAUCUGCACUGUGGUCCCAUUUAAUUCAGUACCAAGAAAGAGAAGAGAAACAGGAGCAACUUGCAGAAUCCCCAAUUGCUGGUGGACCAGAACGAAGGAAGUCUGACAUUGGGCUUAUGUUACCUAAUCUGAGAGUCUCACUCAUCAGUGAUAUGAGACACAUUCAGAACAUGAGCGAGAUAAAAACUGAUGUGGGCCGUGCUCGUGCAUGGAUAAGGCUGUCUCUUGAAAAAAAACUCUUGUCUCAGCAUCUCAAGCAGUUGCUUUCCAACCAAGCCCUGGCAAAGAAGCUGUACAAGCGUUAUGCCUUCUUGCGCUGUGAAGAAGAGCGGGAACAGUUCCUCUACCACCUUCUUUCACUCAACGCUGUGAAUUACUUCUGCUUCACAAGUGUCUUCACCACCAUUAUGAUUCCAUAUAGGACGGUCAUCAUCCCAAUUAAAAAGCUAAGCAAUGCAAUCACCACAUCGAACCCAUGGAUUUGUGUUUCGGGAGAGCUAGGCGAUACUGGAAUAAUGCAGAUCCCGAAGAACCUCCUAGAAAUGACAUUUGAGAGCCAGAACUUGGGGAAGCUAACCACUGUUCAGAUAGGUCACGACAACUCAGGACUGUUAGCUAAAUGGCUGGUGGAUUGUGUCAUGGUCAGGAAUGAAAUCACAGGGCACACGUAUAAGUUCCCAUGUGGAAGGUGGUUGGGGAAAGGUAUUGAUGAUGGAAGCCUAGAGAGAAUCCUUAUAGGAGAACUGCUUCCAUCAUCAUCGGAUGACGAUCUUGGGAAGCAGUGUCGGACCCCACCUCAACAGAAGUCUCCAACCACAGUCCGGAGAUUGAGCAUCACUUCCCUCACAGGGAAAAAUACAAAACCAAAUGCAGGACAGAUCCAAGAAGGAAUCGGUGAAGCUGUGAACAAUAUAGUGAAGCAUUUCCAUAAGCCUGAGAAAGAGAGGGGAAGCCUGACGGUUCUCUUGUGCGGAGAGAAUGGCCUGGUCGCAGCACUGGAGCAGGUUUUCCACCAUGGUUUCAAGUCUGCACGUAUUUUUCAUAAGAAUGUCUUUAUAUGGGACUUUAUAGAAAAGGCUGUUGCCUACUUUGAUACUACUGACCAAAUUGGGGACAAUGAAGAGGAUGUUCUUCUUCAAAAGUCCUCCUGCAAAACGUUCUGCCACUAUGUAAAUGCCAUCAGUACUGCUCCAAGGAACAUAGGGAAAGAUGGCAAAUUUCAAAUUCUCAUUUGCCUUGGGACUCGGGAUCACUUACUGCCCCAGUGGAUUCCAUUACUGGCAGAAUGCCCAGCCAUCACCCGGAUGUAUGAAGAGCACGCUCUCCUGCGUGACCGCAUGAUGGUCAACUCCCUCAUCAGAGUCCUACAGAUCUUGCAAGACUUUAACAUCAUCUUGGAAGGGUCACUUAUUAAAGGGGUAGAUGUGUAGCGUAUGGCUUUGCAGACCUCUCUCUCUCUCUGUUUCUCUUACCUCCCACCCAAACAAAAUAUAUUAAGUCUGGGAGGGUGGAUCUACUGAAACGCAAAUGCUGCUGGUAGCGCACCACUGUAUGUUUAAAAUCCGCUUGUUGACAGGCAAGAGUGGAUGACUCCCUUAUCAUGUAGUCGCCUUACUGGUCUGCCCUAAGGCUGCAAACAAGCUAAGCUGCAGUAUUUUAGUUUUCAAAUGAAGAGUUUUAGUAUUUAAAAAGAAAAUAGGGUAUUUUCAUGUGUUCAAUGUGUGUAAAUAGGUUAUCUUCAUUCAGAAAUUACCAAUAAGAAACUUUUCUUAGAAUCAGUGUUCCUGGGUUGGGUGGAAAAUAGAGCUUGAAACAUCUUUAUAGGGUUGGGGGAGGGGAGGAGGGUAUUAUUUGUGGAAAAGGGGGGGAAGCCACUCUGUGUAAAUAUUGUACAAAGGUAGCAGAGGGGCUUUUUCAUGUAUUGCAAAGAACACAUGAAGUCUCUCUGGGUAGCGACUGCUGUACCCUUUUUGUGGAAUGUAUACUGUUUCCGCUGUCCCUUGUAUGUAUAGAUCUCUUGUUUUGCCACUUAGGUCCAAUCCUUUCUGUGUGCUUUGAAUAAGCUGUGUGUGUGACAGGGUUCUGGUUCUCUGCUGUGAUUUUAAUGGUCAGCACAAGUGGUGCAAAGAAAUGACUUUGCACCGGACCGAAGAGAUCCUUGUGUUUCCAACAGGAACCCAUCGGAGGCCUGUUGGAUGAAUUUUGUUAUACCAGAGGAUGGCAACAUGACAGCAGGAUGCAUUAAUGUUUUGAAUAAUUAACAAACUGUUCAGUUCUCUCUUCCUGGGCUUUUGAGUACCCUGUUUUAAAGAGAAUUUCUUGGAAGGAAAAUGGGAUGCCUCUGAAAGAAAAAGAUGACUUUUAUUGGAAGUGAUUUAGGCAGAAUUCCUGCACUGUUAUUCCUGCACAGGUUGAGACAAGGGUGGACUGGUCCCUGGUGUCAGGGCUGGAGAUCGGCACACUCCUAGCUUGUUGGAUCAUGCCAUACUGUCGUUGUGGCACCACAAGUGCUGCACAUUCCUUUCCCCCACUCUACCCCAGCCAGAUUCCCACACACACGAUGCGGCAAACACUCCUCUUCAGUGGUCUGAACAGUCACAACAGGAGUACAGACUUCCCUUCUCUGCCUCCUCCAGCGGCUGGCCACUCAAAGGCUGCACAGCAGCAGUCACAGUCCAGCGUCCUCAUCUGAGUGGGCAGUUGCUGGAAGAGGCAGAGAAGGGAAAUCUGUACCCCUGCCAUGACUGGUCAAACAGUGGAAGAGGAGUGCUAGUCACCUUGUGAGUGGGAAAAUCCAGCUGGGGAGUAGGGGAUGUGCGGCACCUGUGGUGCCACGGUAACGAUCCAGCAAUCCAGGAUCGUGCCUAUCUCUAGUCAGGAUGUGACACCUUCAGAGACCAGUGGCGGCCACAUCUGAGUCUAAUUACCUGCUGACCCUGGAAUUAGUCAGAUAUGCCACUGCUGCAACUCUGAUGGCUCUCUGUGGUACAGGAGGACGUAGAAAGCCGUCCUUCACCAUAAAGCCCAAUAAGACUGCAGAACAGAAAGUCCAUUUCCCUUCCUGAAAUGACAGGAGAGGAAGAAUAUGGAGAAAGAGGCUGCCGUUUCAGUUGUGUGGCUUGUGGUAGCAGGCAGUAGGGUCCAGAAACAAGAAUAUUUCCUGCUACUCCUCUAAAAUGUCAAAACCUUCUGGCUGUUGCCUUUUCUUCCGGUACCCAGCCACAGACAGAUUUUUUUUUUGCAUGUUUUCCCCAUGAGAGGCUGCUCCUACUUCACCCUUCCCCUGCUUUGCUUGUAACCCUUCACUUGGCUGUCUACAUGGACCAGAACGGAUCCUUGUAGCAAGUUACACUGGAUGAGGCAACCAGAAUGUGGCGAAUUGUCCUUUAAAAACCACUUCCUAUGAAGUGGGGUGAAGCUCACCCUACCCUUGGUACUGUUGGCGUGGAUGGUAACUGCAUUACAUACUUCAGCAUUCUGGUAAUACCCAAGUGGCACAGGAAAGCAGCCCUGCAUAUGUCCCUAGUAUAAGACCUUUUAAGGUUUUGUGUAGUUCUAGCAGUUUAAAGAGACAGGCAACAGAUACUCAAACCUAGAUGCUUUUCUGCCAAGUAAAGAAAUUUUGUAGAGUAUUUUUGAAUAGUAGCAACAAAAGUACUGUAGGCAGACUUUUCAAGUUUAAGCACUCUUACAACUUAACACAAACUGACAGUUUGGGUAGCAAUCCAGCAUGUAUCAUCCCAUUUCCCCAUCUUUUGGAAACUAAUCUUAUUCAUCUGCUCUCCAGGUCUUAAUGAUCCCUAUCAGUCCCCCGUUGCAUCAUACCUGACACUAGUCUACUUAUUGGAGACCCUUGGAUGGAACCUACCGAUACUAGUUAUCACUGUAUGGCGUGCACACACCAUGUAGUGCAUAUACAAUUGGUGCUUUCCUAAUAUAGUUUAUUUCUAAGAUGGAAAACUUCUUUGUGAAAGAGUGCAUGAAAAUAAUGGGAAGGAGGCAAAAUACAUGGCUGCUCAGGAAAAGGAGAAUAAUUUAUUUGAGUAAUAGAUGAGAUUCUUGUGUGUGUGGGGGGGUACCUUGAGAAAGAACUCUUAAAGGAUGUGAUAUGAAGAAUCCAAUGACUAAUCUGGUGCCAAGUGUAGGACUCUCCUCUGGAUUUGGCACUGAUGUGCCAGUGGGCAGUGGGAAGGGACACUUGCAGGGGAGAAGCAGCAAGGAUGUAACCCUACUGAAUCUUCUUUCCAGUUGAAUCAGGAGAAACAGCAGGAAAGGGGCUGGAGAGGCAACAUAGGGAAGGCGACCAAAGUUCCAGGGAUCCUGUGUUUUGCUAUAGAGUUUGACAUCAUACCCUAAAGCCUACCUGCAUUGGCCAGAGUGUAAGGUGAUUAGCAGCAAGUUUAGAUGAUCGAUGACGUCCAUGGUCCUUGCUUGUUCUAUGAUUGUGCCCCUCUCCUGUUACUUUUUCCUGCUGCUGAUACCCUGUGGCCUCCAAGAGGUCCUCGGCCUUCACUGUUUUUAGCUAGAAGGCCGCAAAGCUUGGGAGUUUCAACCAUAAAACCAUCAGAAAAUCCCAAGCUUGCUUACAUUCACGGUAUUUUACUAGUUAUCUCUGACUACUUGAACAACUGGAUGUUAAUCUUUGCCAAAAUAUUUGCUGAAAUAGCACAUGACUCUGAUUGCAUCAGUUUCACCCCAAAGGGGCACAUGCAGUUGCUGGAUGCACCUAUUCAGGGGGAGAGAGAACUCUUUGAUAUCUUCCUCUUUUAAUCAAACCAGCUUCCUAUUUUCACCUAAUCUUGUGGUCAGAAAUAGGAUGUUAAGAAAUCAUCAGACUAUCUUGGGGAUUAGCAUGCAACCCCAAGCGUGGUAUAAUUUGGAAGAAUUAAAUCAUCAUCCCUCUUCAGUUACUUCUCCUCGGUGAAAUAAACAUGAUUAUUGUAUUUAAAAUGUCCUUUCAAAAAUUCAGGUAUUUAUUAUUCCUAGAAAUACAUCCUCCUUUCUAAUUUUCCAGUAGUCUGCAAGUAAUCAGUAUCAUUUGCCUGUCAAUGUUUGUUUUUCCAGUCUCAAGACAAAGUGCAGAUGGCUUUUUUGGUCUGUAUGUUGCUGGACAUUUUACAUAUUACUGGUAGCUAGUGAAAGCAGUUAAUGCCUUACAAAUAUAAAUUGGGAGGACUCAGCAGGAAAAUAGAAGGGGUACUCAAACAUCCAUAUAUACUUGUUUUUUUGCAUAUCACAAAACUAAUCCCAAACUCAAGAACCCUGUGUUUUGAGUUUAUUAAACGGCAUUAAAUAUUGCAUGGCUCCAUUCAUUCUGGAAGGAUGCGGAGCAAGUUCGGUAUUUAGAUCCCAGCCGAGUACAGUGGUGCCUCGCACAGCGAGGGUUAAUCCGUUCCG